AUGCUACAAGCGACGCGCGGGCGAUUAUCAAUCCGCCGGCUCAGCAAGGUCGCCCAAGAAGUGGCCGGGUUGAGCGGCGAAAAAUCGUCUGUCGAUUCGGAAACGACGACCACCAAUGUUGAAAAGUUGAAGCCGGCCACGAACAUCCAGCGCCCAAACUACAGAAACAAGGCCAACCCCGGGAAACGCGUGCAGCACAUCCUAAAUGAAGAGUUUUUGAAUGAGGGCGAUCGAACCGGGGCCGGCGCUCGUCUAUGGGACUAUCACGAGACGGCGCGCAUCAUCAAUUCACUCCCAACAAUCGCCGAGAAGAUUGACUUUGCCAGCCCGUACGAGAGGCCCUGGGUCAAAUUUGAGGAGACGUGGCGACGUGACUACCACCCCACCCUACACUCGCCAAGAAAAGCCUGGCGCGUGCCGUCGGUGCCCGAAUACUUUGACGUCCUCCCCUUCUACCAGCACAUCACCAAGACGCGCGUCGUCUGGAAGGACGUUGAUGAGUAUUAUGAGGGCCUAAAUCCACCAACGGCACUUUUUGAGGAGCUGCUAGCCGACUCGAUGAACGGGAUCAACACUCGAUUUCCCGUCGACAACGCUGAGAAUCUGGCAAAAAAUGCUGACGCUGUGGCGGCGAGCACGCUUGAUUCUGCGAUACUCAGCGUCGCGCAUAACAACCCCCGUUUUCAGGACUAUCGGAUAGCCUACGACGUGCAAAGCGAGGCAUUCUGGAUCAAGGCCGGAUUCGACUUUCUUUAUGACGUCAAGGAGAUUGGGGAUAAAGAAGUGACACGGAAGAAACCGAGGGAGAUUAGCAAAUAUAUUGGAGAUGAUAGACGUCAUCUCGGCGAGUUGGCCUUUGUUCACAGAGAUCGGUUAUCGGCGCAGGUACGUUGCCGUGAGCCGUUGAAGCCGCUCUUUGGGCUGGACGACCCGCAAGCCACGAUGCCCGUUUUCCCGGCCGGCGAGGAGCCAGACGUCAAAUUUUCUCCAAAGAUCUUCAACCUCUGGCCCGACUCGGAAGCGCUUUGGCAAUGUCCCGGCUACUUUGCGGAUUCAGGCGAAACACACCCCCACACCCGACUCGCCGUCAAAUCGCUGGCCCCGCUUCUGCCACGCCUACAGUACUGGCAAGAUGGGUGGAGACGCGAAAAUGAAGUCGAGAUCCCAGUCGAUCUCGUGGCCGCGCAGGCCGUCGUCUCGCUGUUCACCACCCUCUGCGCCCAAGCGCACACGGCCGGCUUCACGCAGUACACCGACGUCACGCGCCCGUUCACCUCCCAGCUGGCGCUCUUUGACGGCAAGGGAUUCUGGUUCGCCGUCGGCCAGCUGAACACUCUGGCUUUCAACAUUGAGUGUGACGGCUUCGUCAACCCACGCACAAACUACGUCCAAAUCAACGGGCCCUACCAACUCGAGAAGGGCAUCAAGGCCGUCGGCGAGAAGGGUAACAUGUACGAGCCGACGCUGUCGCUCAUCACCAAGAUGCUGCUCCGCGAC